AUUCUUUACCAAGUCACUCGCUUAUAUACUUAACAAUGCAAUUCUCCAAGGUCCUCGUCCCAGCCGCUUUCGUCGCUGCCGUUUCUGCCGGUAACAUCACCGUCACCACCGAAAUCGUUGUCACUGACUUCACCACCUACUGUCCAUUGCCAACCUCCGUUGUUGUCAACAACAAGACCAUCACCGUCACCGAAGCCACCACCUUGACCAUCACCGGUCCAUGCACCAUCCCAACCACCUACGUCACCUCUGCUUCUGAAACCGUUGCUGCUGAAUCCACUGCUGCCCCAGAAGUCACCACCCACGUCGGUGCUGGUAACAAGGUUGCUGUCGGUGCCGUUGCCGGUGUCGCUGCUGUCGCUGCUGCUUUGUUCUAAGUCUGAUGUAUAAUUAAUUAUAUAAAAUUUUUUAUUGUCAUACUAGAAUAAAACAACUAAUAACUUACUUUUUAAGUGUCCUAUGGGCCGGUACUUUUGCUUCUUCGAAUUCGAUGAGUUUGGUUUUUCUUGAUAAUGUUUUUGUUAUCGUAUUGUCUACGGCAGGUAGUUGAAGACGAUCAGCUAUCUCCAUCUUAUAUAUUUGCACGAUCUAUCUGAUGUGCGGGUCUGUCUCCUUCUCUGUAGAUUAAUACAAAACUUAACCAAUUUACUAAUGAAGACAUAGUUAAUAAACAUAAUACACCAUCACAGGUUAUA